CCAAGAAAAUACAACGGCAGCAUGCGAGCGAUACACACACACGUACUAAAUACGGUAACGCGUUGCAUUCAGUGACAGAACGUGCCAAAUUCCGGAUUACAAUUCUCUUCUUAAACGGGUAAAGAGUCAGCGAAGAAAGUACCAUUUUGUGCCAAAAGGGUGGUUGGCUGGACAGCACCAGCAGACGUCUGCAGACGUAAUUCGGACUCUGCGUUUCCAACGGCAACCGGGCACGUGAAUCUAGUCUGAACUAAAUUGGGCCAGUUGCAGACGACAGACCUCAGGAUUUUGUCUUUCUAGGAAUGGGUGAUAUUAGUGCUUCCAAAGAAGCCAGUGAGGAAAACUCAAAGCAACCCAAAGGCUACUCUGGCCUCCCCGCUAAGUGCAUCAACGGUGCUUUGGCCGGAGUCGCCGGAGUCUCCUGCAUCUUCCCCAUUGAUCUUGUCAAGACCCGACUACAAAACCAGCAGGUCAUCGAUGGCAAGCGAAUGUACAAAAACCUAUUUGACUGUUUUGUAAAGACUGCGAAAGCUGAUGGAAUCAGAGGCUUGUAUAAAGGUUUUGGUGUGAACGUCACCUUGAUUUCACCAGAGAAGGCCAUCAAGCUUGUAGGCAAUGACCUCUUCCGCUACUACUUGCAGAGAGAGGGAAAACAGAUGGGACUGCACAGAGAAAUGCUGGCAGGCGGAGGGGCUGGGCUGUGCCAGGUGAUAAUCACCACCCCUAUGGAAAUGCUGAAGAUACAACUGCAGGAUGCGGGGCGGAAAAUUCAAAGAAAAAAGAUCCCUGGUAUGGGAACCGUCCCGGAAGUACCCACCGCCAAAAUGAACCCGUCCCUGACGAGGGCGUUCUCGGCCAGUACAACAGCCGAGGUCACUCCCUCCGCGCUGACCAUCGCCCGCAACCUCAUGCAAGCCAAAGGCGUCUUUGGACUGUACAGAGGACUAGGAGCAACUCUAAUGCGAGACAUUCCUUUCUCCAUGAUCUACUUUCCACUCUUCGCACAUCUCAAUGCAAUGGGAAUCGAGCAUGAGAAUGGGCGGGCUACUUUCCAGCAUUCAUUCAUGUGUGGUUGCCUAGCAGCUACCGUUGCGUCUCUGUCAGUCAAUCCUGUUGAUGUUAUAAAAACCAGACUGCAGCUGCUGCAACAAGCCCCCGGGGAACACACCUACACGGGGAUCCGGGACUGCGCGGCCAAGAUCUGGAAGUACGAGGGCCCCUCGGCGUUCUUCAAAGGCGCGUCCUGUCGCCUCCUGGUCAUCUCGCCGCUGUUCGGCAUCGCUCAGGCCGUGUACUACUUUGGCGUGGGCGAGUUUCUUCUCGGAAUCCCCAAGCAGUGGUUAUGAGGUGCUUGCUUUAACAUCAACUGUUAUAAAUAGCCUUUUCCCUUAUUUAUUUAUGUUUAUGGAAGGUGGAGGUGCCGGGAUUGGGGCCAGUGUCAUUGUGUCAAUGAAGGUCGUUUCACACCUGGCACAAAAACGAAGUGUGCGUUUAUAACGUCACAGCAAGUACACACGUAUUGGUGCUGCAAGUAGUAAGCACAGCGAAAGGCACGCUUACCACGGAGAGGAAAAUUGCUUAAGUCAGUGACGUAACAAUUGAAAUAUCCAUUCGCAUGCAACCGUUAGCACAUCCACACCAUGAAAUAGUGCUUAAGGAAUGCUAACCGUUAAAGGUAGAGUAGAUCAUUUGCCAUUUGUGCAUGUU